AUGGCUUGCUUCCGCUUAGUAAAAACAAUUCUCACAUGGCUGGUCUUCGUAUCAGCAGUAGAAGCUGCAUCAAUAACGCCAGCUCCCGCACUAUCGCCAAUACACUACAAAAUCUCACGCCGCUCGGGUAGAUUCCCAGCACCAGACACAGCGAAUUUGACGUACCUGCUUGAAGAACUCAAAGUCAUGGAGGCACGCUUCAAUGCUACGACGCGCGAUUUCAAUGGCAACAAGAUCGUACGCAAACCGAAGCGCAUCCGUGGGACACAGGCCAGCUCGAUACUACUAGGAGAGGUAGGAAGAGAAGGCAAUUGGUUCGCGAACCUGAAUAUAGGAGACCCUGCCCAGGCAGUAGACAUGGACCUUGAUAUGUUGACGGCGGAUUGGUGGGUACUCAGUACGAGUUCUUCGAAAGGCAGCUGGUUUUUGGACUUCAACAGCAAGACCUAUGAUUCCGAAGCGCCAAUCGCUUUUCCGACUUGUCGGGAGCCCACAGAUAUCAUUCACUUACCUACUGUUCAUCGGAUAACUGCGAUCUCCUUCGCACAUUGCAGGCCCGCAAAGCAGUGGAUUCGAGCGCUGCUACCAUCGGGAGCGUACCUGGGACUUGCACCCGCCGCAUCAUUAAGCCAGACGAGGACUGUAGGGCUCCUCCAACAGUUGCUGAGCCAGGACGUAAUCGACACUCCUGUCUGGUCGUUACUGCUGAUCAAUGGCAAAGAAGGCAUCUUUAGCAUUGGAGGGACUUCAGGAGCCUCGGAAAGACGAAUUGAGAAAGAGACGAGCGAGAUGCGCAAUCCAGGAGAACCCGACCAGUCUGGAAGAGACACAGUCAAGACAGAGGCGGCAGAUAUCCCGGGCAAGGAAUGGAGGUGGAUGAAUGUUCAGGGGGCUGAAGGUUGGUGGCAGCUCUUGAUGCGAGGAAUAUGGUUGGAUGGCAUCAAAGUACUGGAGAAUCAGCCUAUUAUCUUAGACGUCAGUGAACACCUUGAUUUCACAAGUAUUCCGGAGUCUUACACGCAGCAGGUCAACACGCCUUUCAUCGUGGCUCCCCCUCUCGCAGCUCGCGUGUUCUACUCUUCGAUCUCGGGAAGCAAACAAUUACCGGCUCCAUAUGACCAAUUUUACGCUUAUCCUUGUUUCAAUCGUCCAAAGAUACACUUCGAAUUUGAACAAGGGAACGUCCAGGUCUUGAAAGGGAAGAGAGAUACGGGUACAUACUCGCUAAGAGGAAGAUUCUCACUGGGUCGUCAGGCAAUUGGUAGUGGCUACUGCAUAGGUAUCGUCAUUGAGUCCAGGAUGGGUGUCGGAACGGCCUUUACUGGAAGUGAAGCGGGAUCUGUGAACGCAGUGGGUGGCAACGGACUGGCAGAUGUUUGGAUCGUUGGGGAGCCUUUUUUUCGCGAUGUGCAGGUUGCUUUCAAUUGGAAGGAGAGGAAGGUAGGUAUGCAGAGGGUGUGA